UGGCCAGGGACGUGCGUUCACACUGAGGUUCAGCAAGUCUGUCAGAGCGCGGAGGUUCAGCAAGUCUGUCAGACCGCAAUGGCGCCUUCCAGGAAGUUCUUCGUUGGGGGCAAUUGGAAGAUGAACGGGACGAAGAAGUGCCUGGGAGAGCUCAUAGGUGGUUUGUGCGCCCCCCGCCGCCUACAUCGAUUUUGUCAGGCAGAAGCUAGAUCCCAAGAUUGCUGUGGCUGCACAGAACUGCUACAAAGUGAACAGUGGGGCCUUCACUGGGGAGAUCAGCCCUGGCAUGAUCAAAGACUUAGGAGCCGAAUGGGUAGUGCUAGGGCACUCGGAGAGAAGGCACAUCUUUGGGGAGUCCGAUGAGUUGAUUGGACAGAAAGUGGCCCAUGCCCUAUCCGAGGGCCUUGGAGUGAUCGCCUGCAUUGGGGAGAAGCUAGAUGAAAGGGAGGCCGGCACCACCGACAAGGUUGUUUUCGAGCAAACCAAGGCCAUCGCAGAUAAUGUGAAGGACUGGAACAAAGUUGUCCUGGCCUAUGAACCUGUAUGGGCCAUUGGUACUGGCAAGACUGCAACACCUCAACAUGCCCAGGAAGUACACGAGAAGCUUCGGGGAUGGCUGAAAUCCAAUGUCUCUGAUGCAGUGGCUCAAAGCACCCGAAUCAUUUAUGGAGGUUCUGUGACUGGAGCAACCUGCAAAGAGCUGGCAAGCCAGCCUGAUGUGGACGGCUUCCUUGUGGGUGGUGCUUCCCUCAAGCCUGAGUUUGUGGACAUCAUCAAUGCCAAAUGUUAAACACCAGCAUCUUCCCUACCCUCCGCUAGGCCAGGAUUAGGUUGCCCAGGAGCUUAGGAACUGCUCCCACAAGUCACAUGCUUCUGAUGUCAUCGCCCCAUCUUGUUUGCUAAUCCACACUGUACCUUCCUACACCUUUGACACCUCCCUAUAAAGGUUGGGACCAGGCCAAUCCCUUUACCACUUACAAUGAAUGAAAUAAUGUCACCUAUUUCACCAAAGUGGCUUCCUGGCUGGCGGAGCGGAAGAAGCGCAACUGACUGUCCCUUCAGGUCCUCACCAGGGCAGGAGAGUAAAACCACCUUCCUUUUCCUUCUCAGUGUACACUUAGGCCAACGUCCUCUUGCUCUGAGAGGCCAGGGGUGUCCCAUCUCCCACAAUGCCGAAGCCCUAGUACUGUGUUUGUGAACCAUCUUACAUGUAAAGGAAAUAAACACCUGGCCCCAA